CGACACUAGCUUUUUGAAGAAAAUGGACGUCAGCAACAACUCUCUCCAAUCCUUGAUUCAACCAACUUGGGCGGAAAAAGUCGAGUUCCUUAACGCUGAUACCAACCUCCUUGCAAACCUGUCCUCGACAACCCUGUCAGGAUUUGUCGAUCUGACUGAACUGCAUGUAGCCAAUAAUCGUCUCUUGUUCAUCUCACCCACUGCACUGAGUCAACUCCCCAUGCUACAGUCAUUGCAUCUCGACGACAAUGCCCUGACGUCUUUGUUUGGAGGAGUAUUUUUCAACCAGUCUAACUUAGUUGAGCUCUCCAUCACCAACAACCGACUCACCUUGUUACAUACUCAUUACUUCAUGGGUCUGGUGUCGUUGGAGCGUCUGUACCUCGCAGGAAAUCAACUCACUAGCGUCAACUCACAGAUGUUUCAACUGGUGCCUGAAAUUAUUACCUUGGACUUAUCCCGAAAUGAGCUUCAGCUUAUCGACAUGCAGGACUGUGUCCUUAAUCCUAACCUACACAAUAUCUCAUUGGCUCGCAAUAUGAUUCAUGACACCAAUAAAGUCUUUGGGUACUGCAGCAACCUGGAAAAAUUGGAUCUGAGUUAUAACUUGAUCCGAUUCGUUCGCGGUGAUUCUCUUUCUGGGAGAAACGAAGCUUUGUCUAACCUAGAUCUUGAAGGCAACCCACUGCAGUGUGACUGUAGGCUCACAGGUCUGCGAGACUGGCUGCGUAACAACCCACCGUACGUUGAGCCUCGAUGUGAAGGACCGAAGCAACACUAUGGGUCAGUGAUAACAGACUUGGACAUCAAAGACUUCUCCUGCAAGCGUCCAAAGGUAGUGGCGGAUAGGAAGAGUCUGACAGUCGUGGCUGGGCAGAAUACAGUUCUCGCAUGUACAGCCAAGGGUAUUCCUGCUCCUACCAUAACAUGGCUCUCACCAAACGGCACCGAGAUACCUCACGAGUGGCAAGGAAGAUUCGCUAUUCUCCAGGGGAGGAUUCUGCAUAUCACACCAGUGCAGAAAUCCGACCAAGGUGUUUACACGUGUCUGGUACACAAUGUUCUGGGUGAAAUGAACGACGCUGUGGUUGAUGUUACAGUAUCAACGUCUCCAGCCACAUCAGUAAAUGCUCUCUUACCGGGUGUGACCGAUAUCCCCGCCAUACUCAUCGCUAUUGUUGUGACAUUAUCUGUAGUCGCUUUCGUCAUCGUGUUCCGUCGACGCUGCAAGAAACCUGAGAGAGGAACUGAUGUCAAAGUCGUCUUCCGUAGCGCUAACGAUGGGGACGGGACCACAGAUGACACCCCGGUUGAACGGAAUAGAUACGUGCCCACCCCUGCAACGAAGAACCCAUCCUGUCAGAUCGACGAUGACUUUUACGAGGAACCUACUGUAGGCAAACAUGACAUCGUAGAUGAUAGGGAGGUAUACGAGAACGUAGAUAUUGUGUGGUCUUAGGUCAAGUCGACUUUAAGCAAGAUCGGGUGCUCUUGACCAGAAACUGUGACGAUAGCGCUCGAAUUGACCAUAUUGACCAUGCUCCAGUGCAUGGUUCUAUGGUCAAUCUCCCUGUGCUUUAUGGUUUCUUGUUAGUCUAGUCGGGUUCUAGUCAAGUCUAGUCGCCAUCCGACCAAUCAAAACACUCGGACCAAUCAAAAUACAGCUAUUGAAAGCUGCCGUCACUUCACGUUUUAUCCAAUGAGUUUAUUAUAUCCAAUGACAUCACUGGUUCAGUACCAUGGGCUGCAUUGAAGGUUCGCUCGUCCCCAGCGCCUUGCUUUAACCAAAGGCGCUGGGAUGGGCAAACGUAUCUUCCCACUGUCAUUAGUUAAAUAAUGCGCAGUCCCAUCAUGCAUCACACUCAUACUGCGCCAUAUUUCUGUGCACUGCAUACGUGACGUACUUCCUGAAUAAGAAUCGGUGCAAGCAAUUAGCCCAUCCCAGCUGGAGCCGAGCGAAUAUUGAAUGAGGAGGAUUCAAAAGAGAGCGCUAGCAGUAUAAGUACACAGUUCACCGUAUUAGUGAGGGGGAGGGGGGGGGGGGGCACCCCGGAAUCUCCAGGGGGACAGAAUCUCCUGCAGUACCGGCAUGAUUGUGUUAUACAUUAAAUUAGGUUUCCCCAACCACUUAAAGGAAAAAAACUCACUUAAUUUAACACCCGGCCAAUUCAGCGUGGUUUGAAAAAGAACCCGCGCCAUGGCAUCAGCACUCAGCAGGCAGCAGUCGAAAAGGCGUAAUUCAAUUUCAAAAGUUCAGCAUUCACUGGUCAAAUAAAACUAAAAGGAUAGUAGAAAUUCAACCGUAGAAUAGUGCAAAAUUAAGUCUUGAAUACAAUAAAUGAGACUGACUUAAACGUACCUGAGUGAAAAGAACGAAUCCGUGUGUGUGUUCAAAGACGAAAGUGGGCGAUAUUUUGCCGGGAAAAGGGCGGGGAAACCUACAAUUAACACAGUUCAAUAGCGUUUUAUCAAACCCGUUGAGCGUCUGAAGGCGCUCAUAAUUUGGUUCUACAGGCUAUGUAGAGCUAUGUUCGGACGAAGACCCUUCAUAAGAGUGAGAUAUGUAUAUGGAUAAGUUCGAUUAGCUUCCCCUGGUCGACCCCGCGGUGCUCAUCCACUCACCCGGCCGGGUGAGCCCCUGACAAGAGCUAAUUGAACGAUCACACCCGCCCUCUCGUGGUGACGUUGCACCAUGGGCCAGCCCCAAGCGACCCGCUCCACAAGCAGGGCACUGGGGCUGACCCGGGUGAGCCCAUGUCAAAGCUAUUCGAACGUACCAGGGCUGACCGGGGUCGACCCAGGGAAGCUAAUCGAACGCACCCAGUAUAAGACCUAAUGUUGAAGUUAUCUAGCAAUUGGAAUAGGGUAUCACACGUCAAGACAGCAGACUGAUAUUAAACAAGCCUGGUCGUAGGUUAGAAUACCGACUGAGUUGCAUGUGGUUUUAAACCCACACAUGUUGCUUACACCCAUGUUGACACUUUCUUGGUCAUAAAAAUUAUUCCUUGUAUCAUACCAGCAAUGAUCAAUAACAAAUAGUAAAAAAAAUGUUAGAACUAAUCGCGCAAAAAGAUUGAAUGUUUUUGUAGGAUCAUUUCCUUAUUGAAAGGGAAUAAUAUGCUAUUAUUAAAAGGGUUAUAAAUACUUUAUUUUUGUGCUAAUGAGUUUAUUUAAGAGAAAGUUCCUUGUUUUACUUUAGCAUAACAAACUUCUUUUUGACUUUAAAAAUAAUAAUUUGUUUAAGAUAAAAAAAAAUUAGACGAUCUUUCUUUGUAGUAAAUUGAUUUGUUAGUAGAUAAUUACAAGUGUGUAAAUUAAUAUUAUAAUAACAUCGGUUGCAUGUUUAAAGAUAUUGGACACUAUUGGUAAUUGUCAA